GGCGAUUUAAUCUUACUAAAAAUACUAUGAAAUCAAUGAAACUCCAUCAGUCGCGUUUCAUUGGCGGCUUAGAACGGAACGAAAUUUAGUAUAAUAAAGAAAUAAUUUUAAAGAAAAGUUCAAAACAUUUUUUACGAAAAUGUUUCAUAAACUUUUGUUGCGCGCGUGCUUAACGCUCCUAAUCGCGGAGCUUUCGCUAGUACAGAUAGCAAAGACGGACACAGCACUGGCAACCACAGAGGAAGCAGCUGCAACAACAAGAGCUAUACCCAUACCAGCGACAACAAUUGCUGGUGUAGAGUUGCAUAGUGGCCUUACAACCGAAUCACCGACAAAUCCCAACACUGCCACAAGCCAAUCCAGCGUUGACAGUAAUGCCACGAGCGCCAGCAGCACUUACACAACCAACAACAAUACGCCAAAUGCGCCUACAAACACCGCAACCGCAUCUGACGACAUAUCCAGCAACGCCUAUUGCACGCCAUCACUUUGUGAGCUCUACAAUGGCAGUCAUGUGUUGCAAGUGCCGCACAUUGGUUGCAAUAACGAUGGCGCUUUUGCGCCCGCUUGUGGCGCCGAACCGCAUUUGUUGUAUAUGAGCCAACGGCGGCGCCAGUUUAUUUUGGAUAUGCAUAAUCUCGCCCGUGAGCGUAUUGCCUCCGGCCAGCUGGAGGGUUAUCGCGCCGCCGCGCACAUGCCAAUGCUCAAGUGGGACGAUGAACUUGAAUAUAUGGCUUCGUUGCAUGUGAAACGCUGUCAAUUUGCGCACGAUCAGUGUCGCAAUACGCCGCGUUAUCAGUUCAGCGGUCAGAAUAUUGGUUACUUUUGGAUCGGUCGUGAAUUUAAAUCGCAUGCGAAGCGUUUUAAAUCGUUUAUUUUGGAUUGGUUUCGGGAGUAUCGACUUGCCAAUCAAUCAUUCAUUGAUCAGUACAGACCCCAUCCGGAAGGCAAAAAAAUCGGUCACUUCACCAUGCUGGUGGCUGAUCGCGCGCAUCGCGUGGGCUGUGCUGCUAUACGCUAUCGCGAUCCAAGUGAUAUUAAUUAUAUGAAAUUGCUAAUGACAUGCAAUUAUGACUAUACAAAUAUACUAGGAGAACCCGUCUAUCAAAGUGGACUUGCGGCGAGCAAGUGUAUUUAUAAAAUAAGCGAGAAAUAUCCUUCGCUGUGCGACUGGAAGGAUGCGGUUUACGAUUAUAGCAGUGAGGAGAGUGUGGAGGAGGAUAAUGGCAAUGAGCUGGAUAGCAAUUUUAUAAAUUAAAUUUAAGUAAUUAUUAUUUUUUUUUACUUAUUUUUGUACAUACAAUCAUUUUUAAGUUGUAAUUAAUUGAAUUUAUAGUUUUACACAUAAUAUUAUAAUGAAUUAGUUUAACUUUUGUUGUGUUUCCAUCCAAUAUCCAAAGGCUGUUUAGAAAUGCUUUUCAGCCUUGACAUCAAUCUCGUCUACCUUUAGUACAGGAAACCACACAUUUGCAUGAGAAUAGACCAUAAGAUAGAUAGAUUUAAAGUGGGCUAUAAUCCUGAAUGCAUGCGUUUGUUAUAUGAAUAUCAGGAGGAAGUUUGGUUAAGUAGAAGUUCAACUGACGUUCGUACAGUGAAGACUACGUAUCUUUUAAGAUAAAUGUCUUGUCUUGAAAGUUAUGACUAAGGUCUUCAUCGAUUUACCAAUAAUAUUAAGAUUUUUUAAGUAAAAUUUUGUAGCUCUGAUAUUCGGUCCCGAUAAAUAUUGUUAAUUUAGGUUUACUAAUGUAGACUAAUAAAAUUUAUAAUGUUGCUAUGCUAGUAUUGUAUUACAGCAAAUACCACAAAGACAUCAUACUAGAACCAAGAUGGUAGUGUAAAGUGUCACAGAGUGCGCAUUUAUAUUGCUAACGGCAUAAAACCAAUUCAAAUUCUUUUCCCCCCCGUUUAUUUUUCAAGAAUAUCACUUGUUUUUCAGCAGCUGCUUAAGUAGGUGCACCGCAAUAGUGAGUUGCUAUUUUCACAAUGGAUAAACAUAUCGAACAAAGAAUUUGUUACAAAUUUUGUAUUUCUAACCAAGUUUCGUGUGGGGAAUCAUUGCGAACCUUGGAAAAGGAAUACGAUGAUUCAAGCCUACGAGUGGUACAUAGCCUUCAAAGUCGGUCCAGAGAUCGUUGAAGACAUACCUCGUUCUGAGCGACCUUCGACCUCUCCAACUGAUAAAAAUAUUUAAAAAGUGAAGGAUAUAAUGCUUGAAAAUCGUCAGGCAAGUGUUAGAGAGAUGGCUAGAGAGCUCAACAUCUUUCGCGAGUUCGUUCGAAUGAUUUUGGUAGCUAUUUUACAUAUGAAAGGCGUUCUUGCUGAAUUUUUUUCAGAAAGAGUACAAUUGUGACCGAAUUUAAAGCCAAAAACGCAAUGAAUACCAUUGAUCAACCACCGUAUUCACCAGAUUUGAUUUUUUCUCGUUACCCAAACUGAAAUUGCCGCUCCGUGGAACCCGUCUUCAGUCGAUCGAAGAGAAAAAACAAAAUUCGCUGAAGGAGCUGAAGGCCAUCCCAAAUAGUACUUAUGAAAAGUGUUUCGAGGACUGAAAAUAUUGUUGGCAUGAAUGUAUUACAUCUCGUUAUGAUUACUAUGAAGAUGACAAAAUAAAUAUUGAUGAAUAAUUAAA